CAGUUGUUUGUGUUUGAGUAAUAUGGUGCAGUCUCUCAUUAUUUAGAUAAUUAGAAAAAAAUGAUUGAAUAAAUCGAGCGAAAACAGUUAAGAUAUUUUAACUGUGUUGUUGCAUAACAAAGAAUAUGGAGGAGCAGAUCCUAUUAUAAAAAGGAGACCCGUGUACAGAUCGAUAUCGAUAUUUCUCGAAGAAAUAUCUCGAAAAUGCGUAAGCGUAAGACAGAAACCGAAGCGACAUCUGUCGAUUAUAUUAGUCGCACAUUGGGCUGGAACAAAUGAACCGGUAAAAACCAUCACAUUUGGCAACGUGUUUGAGUGUUUUUAUCCUAUUAUAAAAAGGAGAUAAUUUAUAAUCGUGAAACAUCAUGACAUCUCCACCUAUUAAAUAUACGACCAACAGAGCCAUUGAUCAUUUCAAUGUUGCAGCUACACUCAUGAAAAUCAUCGGCUACGUCGACUGCAUUGAAGGCCUGAGAGAGUUGCCAAAGUCUCCAUCUAAGUGGAUUUACAAGUGCAUUUUAAAUAACAAUGAUGGCAGAAGGGUUCGCAUACUUUGCUCGGGGGAUGAUGCUCUCAAAUACAAGGAUGAGAUCAAGAUGUAUCAGAUAAUAAAAAUCACUGGAGGGAUUAUUAAAGCGGCCAAUCCACAGUAUCGGCGAUCAACGGACACUGUGAGCGACAAAGAAUUUCAAUUUGCACGUAGGAGCACUUUCGACAUCUUUGGCACAUUUAACAUUACGAAUGGAGCUGACAAUGGAAGGUCGAAGGUCAUCUCAUAUAAAAAAUUGAGAUGGAGAACGUUUGUGCUGCUCGCGGGCCAGUCCAGAUCACUGGAUGGCUCAAAGAGCCAUUCAGAAGCAUUACCACGAAACUGAAAGCUGAAUAGCUUUAAUGACGGGCUAUUUACUCUGGAAGUUCAAUUGCAAAAUUGAAAAUUUUUUCUAUAACAAGUUCUAAACUGUUAUUUUUUCACACAAAAAUUGAGUUCUAUAACAAGUUUAACACUGUUAUUUUUUUACGCAAAAAUUGAAUUCUAUAACAAGUUUAAUACUGUUAUUUUUUUACACAAAAAUGAAACAUUGACAAGCUUGAGCUCUUUAAGAAUUUGAUUUUUUACUUUUAAAGACUGCCAACUUCAUAGCAGUAAGGUUAAUACUCAUUUAGCUUUAACAACCAAAACAGAUGGAAUUAUAAUAAUCUAUUCAUGAACAUUAGUAUUUAUUCAGAAUUUAUUUCAAUAUAUGGCCCUGUUUUUGAAGAAAAAGUAUUACUAAACAUUUGUAUUUUUUAUAUAUAACAGAGAAAACUGAAGACUAAUUAAUUUUAUGAUUAAAGUAGAUAAAGCUCUCCGGAAUCACAGAUAAGUGAUACAAAGGAUGUAUUCAUGUUAAUGUUUGUUCAUAGUUCUUAACAUAUGUUGUAAUGUC